AUGGUUCGGUUAGUGCAGUUUCUUGUUUGGCACUCCCACCUUGUCGUCGCUUCUCCUCCCCCACCACCUGUUGCCGCACCCUCCCGCCCACCUUGUCAUUGCCUCCCUCCCACCCACCUCGUCAUCGCCUCUCCCUCCCACCUUUCCAUCGCUUCUCCCUCCCACCCCGCCAUCCACUCUCCAUCCCACCCCGCCAUCCCCUCUCCCUCCUCCCCGCCGUCGCCUCUCCCUCCUCCCCGCCGUCGCAUCUCCCUCCUCCCCGCCGUCGCCUCUCCCUCCUCCCCGCCGUCGCCUCUCCCUCCUCCCCGCCGCCGCCUCUCCCUCCUCCCCGCCGUCGCCUCUCCCUCCUCCCCUCCGUCGCCUCUCCCUCCUCCCCGCCGUCGCCUCUCCCUCCUCCCCGCCGUCGCCUCUCCCUCCUCCCCGCCGUCGCCUCUCCCUCCUCCCCGCCGUCGCCUCUCCCUCCUCCCCGCCGUCGCCUCUCCCUCCUCCCCGCCGUCGCCUCUCCCUCCUCCCUGUUGUCGCCUCCGGCGACAGCGCGUGAGAGUGCGCGUGAUAGAGCGCGUGAGAGUGCGCGUGAUAGAGCGCGUGAGAGUGCGCGUGCGCUUGAGAGAGCGCGUGAUAGAGCGCGUGAUAGAGCGCGUGAGAGUGCGUGUGCGCGUGAGAGAGCGCGUGAUAGAGCGCGUGAGAGUGCGCGUGAGAGUGCGCGCGUGA